GGAUAUCCUCUGAUGCAUCUCAUAUGAUCCAAUAAUAUUCUUAUGCCGGCCGCCUCUGCAGACAUCUUCCGGGUCGACAGAUAGUUCGCCUGUGCUGCACAGAGCCAGGACUGUCUGCAAAGGAGGGGUGCUGCCUGUCCUGUUGAGCUCCUCCUGGUGUGUGAGUGUCGGGUGUGUGUGCACCAUGGCGAGCCUCCUACGUGUUGUGGCGGCCAGCUGCUCAGCCCCUGUGUUCAGCGGGGUUUCCAGCUUGAAGCUGCAGAGCACCCGUACAGUCAAAUCGUCAUGCCUUCGCUUUUUCAGGACCCAUCAAGCUCUUGGACGAUGUGCCACUCCAGGUAUUCCAUACAAGCAACUCACAGUCGGUGUUCCCAAAGAAAUUUUCCAGAGUGAACGCCGUGUGGCGCUGUCUCCCGCUGGCGUCCAGGCGCUCAUCAAGCAGGGCUUCAAUGUCGUCGUGGAGUCGGGGGCCGGAGAGCCUUCCAAGUUCGCUGAUGAACAGUAUACCCAGGCUGGAGCAACAAUUAAAGAUGUUAAAGAUGUCUUGGCAUCUGAUGUGGUGGUUAAGGUCCGUGCUCCCACUUUCAACCCUGCGUUGGGCGUCCAUGAGGUGGAGAUGAUGAGGGAAGCAGCCACUUUAAUCAGCUUUAUCUACCCAGCUCAGAACCCUGAGUUGAUGGACAUGCUGUCCCAGAAGAAGGCCACUGUCCUGGCAAUGGACCAGGUUCCGCGAGUCACCAUCGCCCAGGGUUAUGAUGCACUGAGCUCCAUGGCAAACAUUGCAGGGUACAAGGCAGUGGUGCUGGCAGCUAACAGCUUUGGUCGCUUUUUCACUGGACAGAUCACAGCAGCUGGGAAAGUACCACCUGCAAAGGUGCUGAUCAUUGGAGGUGGUGUGGCUGGAUUGGCAGCUGCUGGCACUGCCAGGGCCAUGGGAGCCAUUGUCAGAGGAUUUGACACCAGAGCUGCAGCUUUGGAGCAGUUUAAAUCUCUGGGCGCAGAGCCACUGGAGGUGGACAUUAAGGAGUCAGGAGAGGGCCAGGGAGGCUACGCCAAGGAAAUGUCAAAAGAGUUCAUAGAGGCAGAGAUGAAGCUGUUUGCCAAACAGUGUCAGGACGUGGACAUCGUCAUCAGCACGGCUCUUAUCCCUGGCAGGCGGGCACCCAUUCUGAUCACCAAACCAAUGAUAGAGAGCAUGAGAGAUGGGUCAGUGGUGGUGGACUUGGCUGCCGAGGCUGGAGGAAACAUUGAGACCACAGUACCCGGAGACCUGGCGGUACACAAGGGGGUGACCCAUAUCGGCUACACAGACCUGCCCAGCCGUUUGCCAACACAGUCCAGCACUCUGUACUCCAACAACAUCACGAAGCUGAUGCGUGCGGUCAGCCCCGACAAGGACAACUUUUACCUGGAUGUCAAGGAUGUGUUCGACUAUGGGACCAUGGAUCACGUUGUCAGAGGAUCUAUUGUAAUGCAGAAUGGAAAGAACCUGUUCCCCGCUCCUCAGCCAAACAAUGUGCCCACUGCAGCUCCUCCUAAACCCAAGUCUGUUCAGGAACUGGAGGCAGCGAAGGCUGCACAAACCUCCCCCUUCAGGGCUACACUCACCACUGCUAGCAUGUACACUGGAGGUGUUGCCACCCUGUUGGGUCUGGGUCUGUCGGCUCCAAAUGCCGCCUUCACUCAGAUGGUCACCACCUUUGGCCUCGCUGGCAUCGUGGGAUAUCACACAGUGUGGGGGGUCACUCCUGCUCUGCACUCUCCGCUCAUGUCUGUCACCAACGCCAUCUCAGGUCUGACGGCUGUGGGUGGUCUGUCCCUGAUGGGAGGCGCCUACACUCCAACAACCACUGCUGAGACACUGGCUGUGCUCGCCGCCUUCAUCUCCUCGGUCAACAUUGCCGGUGGUUUCCUGGUGACUCAGAAGAUGUUGGACAUGUUCAAGCGUCCCACCGAUCCUCCAGAGUAUAACUACCUCUAUCUGCUUCCUGGUGGCAUCUUCGUCGGAGGCUAUGCAGCUGCUCUGCACUCUGGAUACAACAUUGAACAGAUGAUGUACUUGGGCUCAGGUCUGUGCUGUGUCGGUGCCCUGGCUGGCCUUUCCAACCAGAGCACAGCCCGCCUGGGUAAUGCUUUGGGUAUGAUGGGAGUCGCUGGGGGGCUCGCCGCCACUCUGGGUGCCCUCAAACCAAGUCCUGAGCUUCUGGCACAGAUGAGUGCAGCCAUGGCUGUAGGUGGCACUGCUGGCCUGGCCAUUGCUAAGAAGAUCCAGAUCACCGACUUGCCCCAGCUGGUGGCUGCCUUCCACAGCUUGGUGGGGCUGGCUGCCGUGCUCACCUGUGUGGCCGAAUACAUGAUCGAGUAUCCCCACUUCGCCACAGACCCCGCAGCCAACCUCACCAAGAUAGUUGCAUACCUCGGCACCUACAUCGGUGGAAUCACUUUCAGCGGCUCUUUGGUGGCUUACGGCAAACUGCAAGGUCUGCUGAACAGUGCUCCCUUGAUUCUCCCUGCUCGUCAUGCUCUGAACGCCGGUCUCAUGGCAGCUAGUGUUGGUGGGAUGAUUCCCUACAUGCUGGAUCCCAGCUACACUACAGGCAUCACCUGUCUCGGAUCUGUCUCUGCUCUCUCGGCUAUCAUGGGUGUAACCUUGACAGCAGCUAUUGGAGGUGCUGACAUGCCAGUGGUAAUCACCGUACUGAACAGUUACUCAGGCUGGGCCCUGUGUGCCGAGGGCUUCUUGCUCAAUAACAACCUGCUGACCAUCGUCGGAGCUCUCAUCGGGUCGUCUGGAGCCAUUCUGUCAUACAUUAUGUGUGUGGCCAUGAAUCGUUCGCUGGCUAAUGUGAUCCUGGGAGGCUAUGGCACAUCUUCCACCGGCACAGGAAAGCCCAUGGAGAUCACAGGCACACACACCGAGGUUAACGUGGAUCAGACUGUCGACAUGAUUAAAGAGGCCCAGAGCAUAAUCAUCACUCCAGGUUAUGGACUCUGUGCUGCAAAGGCCCAGUACCCUAUCGCUGAGUUGGUGAAGAUGCUUAAAGAUGCUGGCAAGAAAGUCAGGUUUGGUAUUCACCCGGUGGCUGGCCGUAUGCCUGGUCAGCUCAACGUGCUGUUGGCUGAAGCUGGUGUCCCGUACGAUAUUGUUCUGGAAAUGGAGGAGAUCAAUGAGGACUUCCCUGAGACUGACCUGGUCCUGGUGAUCGGUGCCAAUGACACAGUGAACUCCGCUGCCCAGGAAGACCCCAACUCUAUCAUUGCUGGUAUGCCUGUGCUGGAGGUCUGGAAGUCUAAGCAGGUGAUCGUGAUGAAACGUUCGCUGGGCGUGGGAUACGCAGCUGUCGACAACCCCAUCUUCUACAAGCCCAACACUGCUAUGUUGCUAGGCGACGCCAAGAAGACUUGUGAUGCCCUGCAAGCCAAGGUCCGCGAGUCCCAGAGUCAGUAAGGCGGCUCUGCUCCGAACAGAAACCUCCACAAAGAGCACACAUGUGAGUGAGGAAGGCAGAAGACGAUGAGGCAAAAAAAAUUUCAGCAUCAAAAUCAUCUUUUUCUGAUUGUCACUCAAUCAGUUGAGCAAAGAUGAUCAUUAAACAUUUUUGGCAAACCUUUCCUAUGAUCUGUAAAUAAAAGAAACAGCAAAGUUUGUUUAAAAAAAAAAAUUUAAACUAAAUACGCAUGUGCAGUAGGAGCCAAGCAAUGCAAAUACUGCAGAUUUUUGAUUCGUGCUCCCCCUGUGGUAACCUUUGACACUUCUUUUAUUUCUUGAUAUUACAGGAAGGGUUCGUCAACAAUGUGCAUGUUCUCCGCGUAAUCUUGGGAAUACCUGACAGUGUCAUCUUCUUGUUAGACACCUAUAUUAAUAUAAAACAACAAUCAGAAAUGUAGAUGCAUUAAGAUGUUAGAUAUGUUAAAGUUCACUGUUAAGAUAUUUUAGGAAAUAGCUGUUAAGAGCAGAUUUUAGAUGAAAUGGAAUGAAUAAAGAACAAAAGCAGAGAUAAAGGUGAACCACCAGAGAAAGAGGUAUGAGAGACUUAAGCACUAACAUUUUUCCCAGUCUGUAAAGAGUUUCCUCCACUUAUUUCUCCAGAGUGUGUUUUUGUUAUAGGAAGUUAAAACGUGUUUCCGUUGAUAGAUCUAUUUGCUCAAAUGCUUACGUCAGACACAGUGUCUUCUCCUCUCAAUACCUUCUUUCUUUGUACAAGUAAAAGGAAAAAAAGCAGAAUAGUGCAGCAUUUUUGUAAAGUUCUUUCAGUUCAAGUUUUAUACUGUAUUGGGAGAUUUUUCUAUUCGGUCUGAUAAUUAUCACAAACCUAGAAAAUGUGAUCACGUUUUAGAAGCCAUAGCCACUUAUAGAAAUCUAGUCAUGCUAUUUGCUUUUUUUCCUUUUCACUUGAGUCACUUGUGUCUUGUGGCCUCAACCUUGUGCAACAAUCACACGGAUCCAAAAACAGUUAAACAUCCAUUCAAACCUCCUCUGUUGAGCUUUUAACGCAAUAAACCAAAUGGAUCUGACCUUUAAGUUUUCAACCCCAGCUGUCUUGUAAUGGUAGUAAAGACAAACAAACAAAUACUCGUGUCGCUCGGGGAAUGCUGAAUGGAUUUUAUGAUGUUUUUGAACCCAGUGUGUCCCAUCAUCCUGUGUGGUUCAGAUAUUUGCAGUACAUGUGAUGAUAGCCGUUGGCCUUUGCGGUAAAGAAGGGUUUUUUGUUGUUUUUUUUUUUGGUAAGUGAAUGUGGUUCAUCCACUCCAAUAUGUGUGUCCUCAUUAUUGCUCUCGAGGGAAAUGAAGGAUCACUGUUUGUAAAGUAGGGCCAGAUGUUAACCUGACAGUUGUGUGACGAGUCUGAAACAACGCUGCAGUUAUUAUGUUUUGUUGCCACAUUUUAGAAUACAUGAACUGUUUGUUGGAUUACUAAGGAGGAUUGCUAAAUUUAAAUUGUCCCUUUUUUUCCCCUCUCUUUUAUCAAAGCCCAACAUUUGCCAUAAACUUGUGCCAAACCUUCCCCUUUAACACUCAGUCUGGAUAGAGAGAGCCUACGGCACAAAUAUAGAUGGUUUGGUCGCUAUAUAACCACUUGAGUAGCUGAAGAAAGAUCACUGACAAAUUGACAGUAGCUCCCACUCGACACCUGUCCUUAGCUGAAUCAACCAAACUUAGAACCACCAGAAACAUAGUCCAUCAAGUUUAAUUUUUGGCUAAGGCUGGACUUCUGCCAUUUAUUUUUUCACUUUCUCUGAGUUUUUUUUUUUACCAACAACUGUAUAUGAAGAUGGACGACAUGACAGCUUGUCAAAAAUGAAGCCAAAACAUCUCAGUCUCCCUGCUGGUGCCUGGCUGCAGUAUAGGAAAUAAAUGGACUUGUUGUCCAUCUUUAUGUACAGUCACUGGUCAUGACACAAUAGAUGAAGUAGUAGGAAUUUAUACUGGUACAUGGUUUGAGGAAAAAUAGCCCAUGAGGUGACAUGUCAGCAGUCUUUGUCAAAAAUUUAUACAUAAGUACUGUAAGAAGUUAGUUUUCCUGGGACCUGAUAUGUUGACCAUGACAACUAUCCUACCUCUCCAUAAAAUGACCAAUAGCUUUGCAUAGGACCUUCAUCAGACCAAUCACCUUUUACCGAAAAUACCACAGGAUGUCUAACGGACCAGUCAUCUUCCAUCCACACACCUUACAUCCUAAACCUGACCAAUUGCCUUCUGUUUCUGUGUUCACAUUACAUUUUUGAACCAUCAGACCUCAGUUUGCUGCUGACAAGUUUACUGUAUGUUGUGCUAGUGUAGAGCUGCAGAUGUCAUUAGUGCUCAUGACGGGUUAUUGUUUUUACAUCACGUCAAUUAACACAAACGACUGCAGUCUUUAGGGACUAUUAGAUUGAGAAGUCGGCUUAAUAUUUGUAGCUGGUCACCAUUUUUGAGGUGUUGAUCAAAUUAGGAGAGAUGGAAAAUCUUGAUAGUUUUACCAAUCUGCCCCCCCUUGCCCUUAUCUUUUUUUUUUUCUUCUUAAGGAGAGUAUUUUUGUAAAGAGGCAUCAUAUUUGUGCAGAGCAAACAAUGGGUUUUUGAAGUUGUACAAUGUUUCAAUGCACCGUGUUAAGGAGAUAAAAUGAUGAAAUGUACUGUGAAUGUUUUUUUCCCCUCUUUUGUUUAUCAUGGAACAUUUUCAUCCCUAAUAAACCUGUAUUUACACUAGA